CGCCCUUGCUUUCAGACAGAUAAAGCUGAGCCCAUUUUUAAAAGCAGCUGAUAACAGCCUUGUUAUUGCAAUUUUUCAACUUCUCCACCGCUGGGCCGUCGUGUUAAUUUUGAAUUACAAGGUUGUUAACUCACACACGAGGGCAUCAGGUUUCAGGGAUCGUUCUCUCUGGCAAUGAUUUUACAUUUUCAUCUGCUGAUAUGAUCUGCCAUUUCUCUCAUUUGUGAGAAACGCCAGAUGCUCCUUAUGGAUGUGGAUACAAAAUGUAGCAACGAUACCUCGCUCCCUAUGUGCUCUGAAGAGUCAUCUGGUUCUGUUGCUGUUAUUAUCAUCCCUUCUAUAUUGGCUUUGAGCACAGUUUUUGUCAUGGUUCUGAUUUUCUGUGAUCUUCACAAGUACAAACAAAAAGCGCAGAGGACCUCAGCAGCUUAUUUUACAAAUGCAGGCCAGCAGAGUGUAUCUGUGACUGCAGCCUCUUUAAGCACUCCAAAGGUCCAGGCAGCUUUGAAUCCCUGGGAAAUUCCUGAGGAGUGUGUUCUUGAGGGACUAGAGUUUUGGCAGACAGGCCGCUAUGGCCCCAUUUGUAAAGGUCUGCUGAAGAAGAAAGAUGGAACCUCCUCUGGUGUGGUGGUUAAGUCCCUCCGAGAUGGACCCAACCAACCUGAAGCUAAGGAGUUUGUGCAGUGGGUGCUGUUCCAUGCCAGAGUGUGUAAACAUGAGAAUGUGGUGCAGAUGUUGUACUGUCAGACCAAACGUCUGCCCAUGUACCUGGUCUUAGACGCCUACAGCCCAGGCAACCUCCUCCACUUCCUCUGGUCACUCAAAAAUAGGAAUUCAAACAUUGCGGCUCCAUCGCAAAGCUUCUCUGAGAGAUCUGUGUUUCUGGUGGCAAAGCAGGUUGCAGCAGGAUUGGAUUACCUUAUGGCAGAGCACAGGCUGGUGCAUGGUGAUGUUGCUGCCAGGAACAUCUUAAUUGGCCCAGGCCUCUCAGCCCGAGUGUCUGGGCUGGGUGUUGCAUUUGGAGGACGCAAAAUGGAUUUGGCAACUAGGCAGAGGGCAGCAGAGGUGCCUCUUAAAUGGCAAGCUCCAGAGAGGAUUAUGAUGCAGUUCAGCAUUGACAGGAGCGACGUGUGGUCAUUUGGAAUCCUCCUGUAUGAGCUGAUUACUCUAGGCUCUCCUCCAUAUCCCGAGCUGGAGCCUCUGUCUGUGCUUCCAAAGCUACAAGGGUCUUAUCGAAUGGAGAGACCAGAGAACUGUGGAGGACCUUUGUAUGAUCUGAUGAAGUACUGUUGGAUGUGGAGUUUCAAAGACCGACCUGCCUUCUCAUCCAUCAUAAAGCUGUUAGACUCCUCACUGCACCUAGCUGCUACUAAAGACAUUUGUGUUCCUGAUGAAAUGGAUAUAUUUGAGUAUAACAGACAGGCUGGACUGCUCUCGUAGUACAACCGUAUUUCAAGACCCAUUAACAAGAAAAGAUCUGGAUGUAAAGUGUGAUCUACAAUGACAGCCUAUAAUCUGUAAUGUUAGGUGUUAGAUUCAGCAGAUUAAUCUAAUUGUAUAGACUGAAUUGGACUGAAUUGACUGUUAAAUUGCCGGGAAGUAUCUUUCUUUGUACUUCCACAGUGAAAUAUUGAUGACAUGAUGAAUGAAGGAUGAAAGCAAGUA